UAUAUUACGUACUACGCGAAUUAGUCAGUUUUACUAAGCACUUUACUUAAGCAUCCUAUAAAUAGUGCUCAAUAAUAUAAUUAGAAAACUUCUUAAUUUUUCCUGGACGUUUGCCAAAAAAAACAGUUUUAGUUGCAACACAUAUACUGCAGCUAUUUUGCGAACUAUCACGCGUAAAAUUACAAAAGAGAAAUAAAGGCACAAUGCAAACAAGCUGAAAAGAGAAGAGAAUAUCGACCCGGAUUUUCCAGAUUCCAGGAGUAGACGCAAUGGCUGCAAACAUGCUGGAUACAAACAAAAUAAUAUGUGAAGCUUUUGUGGGGCUAUUGUGCUUUUUAAGUCUGUGGUGAAUUUUUAGAUAAAGGUUCAUUUAGAAGGCAAUAAAAAUGGAUUGGGCCACCGGCGGUAUAGACAUGACAAUAACAAAAUAUGCCGGCAUAGAAUGCAUCAAUUACGUGGAUUUAAGGUGGAGACGCAUCGAAACCACCCUUAUCCUAAUCGCUUGCACUUACAUGUUUUUCUGGAGUUUUCCCAAAUGUACCCUCCCAACCGUUUCUUACAAUGAUAGUAACAGGCUGGGAAAAAGAAUUUUGCUGGUUCUGGUGUGCCUUUGUUGGGGAAUGGAGAUGGGCUUUAAAUGCGCCUCUAGAACGGGCAUUUACUUGCUGAAUCCUUGCCAUAUCACCACCGCAAUGCAGAUAUACUUGCUUACUGCGAAACCAAGUAAAGCUGUCACAACAGUCUUUAGGAUUCACUUGAACUAUCUAAAUGGGCCCUUGCUGGCCAUAAUUUUUUACGAAACGGAUACCAGAGAGCUUCCACUGGAGGCCACAGUGUACUGGGCCCAGCAUUUAAUGAUGCUUAUCGUGCCUUACUAUUUACUACGAUCAGGUGGUGUUUAUAAUGUCGAAGGCCUAAAAGAAAUCCAUUGGAAUGCUCUGGCAUACAGUUUACUUGUCGCGUAUCAUUUUACCGUCCUGCAGACUGUGUCAAUUGCAACAAAUGUGAAUAUGAACCAUAUCAUGUGUCCUCUCGACUCUGAUCCAUUCAGGGGUCAACUGCACCGCACCGCCGUGUUCUUCCAUCAAAUGAUCCUCUGCCCCUUGGUUUGCAAAACUUACAUUUUAGUGUCAGAAUAUCUAUUAACAAAAUGUGAAUAUACUAAAGUUAAAAAUACCUUGAGUUGUGAUAUAGAUUCAGUGGAUGACAAGUCUUUGUAAUAGAAGAAUGGGUUGUGAUGUAUUUGUCAUCGUUCAGUAGAUGCUUGUAUUGUUAGGUUGUAAAAAAUUUCGUAUUUCCUAUUUAAGUGAUUUUAAUAAGAUUUAUUAGCAAUAAUGGAUUUAACAUUUCACAAUAUUUAUUGUAGCUUAAAAUAGAAUCUUUCCAAUUUUUUUCCUAAUAAACUCGUUAAAUAAAA